GCAUACGCCUUCAGCGCGAGCGCACUUUAACGCCAGCAGCAGCUCCGAGCAGCUUUACUUGCGCAGCUCCGCAAGCGGCCGAGCCGCUGCUCUGUCCAGGCUUGUCCAGAAUGCGCCCGAGCGGACCGUCCGAGAGCGGCUGAGUGUCGGUGCAGCUCGGGACAGCGUCGCCGAGGCGCUCGAGACGUUUUUCACCCGGUCGUGCCGCGCUGAGGACGCACGGCAGGAUGUCCGCGGCGCGCCCGCGGGGCAGAGCGGCGCUGGACGCGUUCUGCGUCUGUUUGGCAGUAACUCUGGCUUCUUCCUACAACAUCGACCUGGAGCACCCGGUGCUCUACCGCGGACCACGCGAGACCUUCUUCGGAUACUCAGUUCUCGAGCACUUCCAUGACAAUACGCGCUGGAUUCUGGUAGGAGCUCCCAGAGCGAACUCGUCCUUCAGCAGUUCUGUACGCUCACCAGGAGCUGUCUUCAAGUGCCGCAUCCACAGCAACCCGGAGCGACGCUGUACAGAGGUGGACCUGGGCAGAGGGAACAAGCAACGGGAGUCUUGUGGGAAGACAUGUCAAGGGGACAGGGACAACGAGUGGAUGGGGGUCAGCCUGGCAAGACAGGACAAACCCAACGGCAAAGUUCUGGCCUGUGCACACCGCUGGAAAAAUGUCUACUAUGAGUCGGAGCAAAUCCUCCCCCACGGGUACUGCUCCGUGAUCCCUCCCACGUUACAGGGCAGGACGCGCGCGCUCAUUCCGUGCUACGAGGACCAUAAGAAGACGUAUGGGGAAGAACAUGGCUCGUGCCAAGCUGGAAUAGCGGGUGUUUUCACUGAGGAGCUUGUCGUCAUGGGAGCACCUGGGUCAUACUACUGGACCGGAACAGUCAAAGUGUUCAACAUCACCUCCAACUCGCAGUACAGCCUCAACAGAGAUGAUCUGAGUAUUCAGAGAUACAGUUACCUGGGUUACGCAGUGACUGCUGGUCACUUUUCCUCACCCACCACUAUCGAUGUUGCUGCUGGAGCCCCUCAGGACGGGGGUGAAGGAAAAGUUUACAUUUUCAGAAUUGAGGGUACAUCUCUUGUGAAGACCUUUCAGGCCUCAGGGAAAAUGAUGGGCUCUUACUUUGGCUCCUCACUGUGUGCAGUUGACCUAAAUGCAGACGGACUGUCAGACCUGUUGGUGGGGGCACCCAUGUUCAGCGAGGUCCGGGACGAAGGCCAGGUGUAUGUUUAUCUCAGCAGGGGCAACGGGGUGAUGGAGGAGGCUAAGAUUCUGAAUGGAGAGAACGCUUACAAUGCCCAUUUUGGAGAGUGCAUCACCACCCUUGGCGACAUUGAUGAUGAUGGAUAUCAAGAUGUGGCGAUAGGAGCUCCUAAAGAGGAUGAUUACGGAGGUGCCGUGUACAUCUACCAUGGUGAUGCAAUGGGAAUAGUCAGCAAGUACUCAAUGAGGUUGUCUGGGCGAAGCAUCAGUCCAACCCUUCAAAUGUUUGGCCAGUCACUAUCCGGUGAUGUGGACAUGGAUGGAAACGGAUACCCAGAUGUGACGAUCGGUGCAUUCAUGGCAGACAGCGUGGUGUUAUUAAGGUCCAGACCGGUAAUCACAGUGAACGUGUCCAUCUUCCUGCCGACCUCCAUAAACAUCUCAGUGCCUCAGUGUCACGAGGGCCCGCAGCAUCUCAACUGCUUUGAGGUCAAUGUCUGUAUGAGCUUCCAUGGGAAACGUGUGCCUGGACAGAUUGAGCUGCUGUACAACAUAACAGCCGAUGCAGACAAAAGACACAAGGGCCAGCCGUCCCGCGUCUACUUCACACACAGCGGAGAGCAGACCAGUGUUGUGAGUCAGCUGUUCAGCCUCAGCGUCCACCGGCAGGAGUGCCAUCAGUACACGGCCUACGUGAGGAAAGAGGUGAAGGACGUGUUUGCAGCCAUCAUCUUUGAGGCAGCGUACAGCCUGGGCAAGCAUGUGCUGAAUGGACACCAUGAGCAUGAGCUCGCUCCACUCACACCCAUUCUGCGCUGGAAAAAGGGAGAGAAGAUCGCAGCCAGGAAUGAGACGUGGUUUGAGAAGAACUGUCUGUCGGACGACUGCGCUGCUGACCUGAGGCUUCAUGGGAAGCUCCUUCUCUCUGGACAUCACGUCAGGCCUCAUCUCGCUCUGGGAGGAGUGAAGAACAUCUCCCUGAACUUAACCAUCUCAAACGCUGGAGAUGACGCUUACGACACCAACAUCUACCUAAAUUUCUCCAGGGAAGUUCAUUACAUCAACUUCCUGCAGAGGGAAGAGAAGGGCAUUUCCUGCGAGCUGGUUCAGCUGGACUUCCUCAAGUGCAGCGUGGGAUUUCCUUUCAUGAGAGCGCAGACGAAGUACCAUCUGUCCGUGCUGUUUGACACAAGUCAUCUGUCUGGUGAAAAUGAGACGCUGCUAUUUUUAGUACAUGCCAGGAGUGCGAAUCCAGAGCACGAGAACAAACUACAUGACAACACUUUGGAACUGUCCAUCCCACUGGUGCAUGAGGUGGACACAACUCUGACCGGUGUGGUCAAUCCAUCCUCGUUUGUGUACGGAAACUCAAUUGAGGCCUCUCGCUUUGUUCAGCUGGAGGACCUAGAGUGCAACUUUCAGCCCCUCAACUUCACCUUCCAGGUGAUAAAUAACGGGCCGAGCAGGCUGCUUGCUUCCACUGUGGACAUAAGGUUACCUAACAGACUGGUUGCCAAUGGGGCAGACAUGUUCCACAUCAUAGACACACAGGUGACAGAAGGUCGAGGGAACUGUACGUGGCAGCGAAACCCCACACCGUGCACCAUCCCUCAGGACAAAGAGAGCCUCUUCCACACCAUCUUUGCCUUCUUCACCAAGUCUGGCAGGAAGGUUCUGGACUGUGACCGGCCUGGGAGAGCCUGUCUGACCAUCUCCUGCAGCCUGGGAUCUCAACCUAAAGAAGAAGCUAUGAGUAUAGAUGUGCAAAUGCUACUGAACACUGAAAUACUGACGAGGGAUAGUUCCUCAGUUAUCCAGUUUGUGACACGAGGUCACGUCCAAGUUGACCACCGGUCUUUGGAGGUGUCCAGUGGCCUACCAGAGGACAUUUCACUGGUGUUUGAGGCACUGCACAGUCAGGAGCCCAGGGGUUAUGUGGUGGGUUGGAUCAUUGCCAUCAGCCUGCUGGUGGGAAUCCUCAUCUUCCUCCUCCUGGCUGUUCUGCUCUGGAAGAUGGGCUUCUUCAGGCGGCGCUACCGAGAGAUCAUAGAGGCGGAAAAGAACAGGAACGACAGUGACGAGAGCUGGGAUUGGGUCCAGAAGAGCCAAUGAGAGCUGGGAAGCAUUCCCAGAAGAUCCCAUAAGCUGCUGCCUUUACCAUGGCCUUGCCCUAAAGACCCACACCCUCCAGUCUUUCAUAUGUGGAAGAGAAUAUUCUCCAAAUUUUUCGGAGGUUUGACACUUUUGUUUUCUGUAGGCGGAGACAUUUGAGGUGACCGUGCGGCUCACCAAAGACUCAACAGUGGAACUCCAUCGAUCCCAGUGGGGAUGUUCUCCUGCCAGUCGGAUCAGACUGGAGCAAUGGAAGGAGAGAUAUUGGCACUUCCUCAGAAGGAUGUGGAUAUUGUGUCAAAACAAUAAAUACCCUCAGGGCGCUGAUUAAGAGCAAAGAUCUAUUUUUUUUUACAUGUAUUCCAUGUUGUAUAGAUAAGAGCUUCAGGAGGACUUGAAGUGUCUCUUUUUCUGGCCUUUUUCUGUUUGGUGUUGAGUUUUGAAAGCACUGAUUAUCGACACGUGCCGAAGAGUGGAUGCUCUUCAUUCCAACCUUCCUGUUGCAGAUCUUCCAGAGACAAAAACACACGUUUUCAUAAAAACAUAUGAUAUAAUAAGACACGAUUGUUUCAUAAACGAAGGCCGGUACCUCUUUA